UUCACACACACACAAGCUGCAGUCUGCGCUUGCGCGGCUAAAUUCGGAGCCAGGAGGACACUGACAGCAUGUUCGCACCGCCACUCGUUCAUAUAUAACCGUUUUUAAAAUAUUUAUUUAUUCGGGAUCAUCGGAUAUCUAGCGCAAUCGACGGCCAUGCUCUUGCUUACGGCAUCUGUGAUUCUCCCGUCACCCGGUUUGUUGGCACAGUGGCGGCUUACAGCACAAACACUGAAGAACGUCACUUGUACGUUAACGAGGACACACGCGUCUCAGCGGUACCGGACCAGCUGUUGCUGCUGUGUCGCCUCAACACAAGCUCACCUCGGGGGACAACAACCGGAAUCAUCGUCGACUCACCUCAGCCACAACCGGGACUCCUACGGUUUCAACUUGGAACCUUUUCAGCGAGUGUGUGUUAGCGCCGAGUCCAUAGGUCAGCAUCAACUUGGAGGCCGGUUAUCGAGGGUGUUGAGGCGACACGAAGGCCGAGCAGACACGGUGGCUUUGCUAGCAGGUAACACUCGGCUUUUAUCCACCAUGGCGCCCAGUCGAGCUUCAUCCACAGCCUCCAAAAAGACCACCGACGGUGACAACAUUGCGGAGGACCAAAAAACAGACCCCUCAACUCCUUGGUCUGCAGGAAAAGCCCCCGCGGAGUCCGAGCCAGAUGGAGAUAAACCUAACAAGACCCAGCAGCUAAAAAAAGUCUUUAAAGAGUACGGAGCAGUGGGCGUUUCCUUUCACAUCGGGAUGUCCCUCAUGUCUCUGGGAAUGUUCUACCUCCUCAUAUCCAGCGGGAUCGACAUGGCAGCCGUGCUGAGCAAAGUGGGCUUCAGCGAGGCCAUCAUUCAGUCCAAGAUGGCAGCGGGGACCAGUACUUUCGUCCUGGCCUACGCCGUCCACAAACUCUUUGCUCCCGUUCGCAUCAGCAUCACCCUGGUGUCCGUGCCGCUCAUCGUGCGUUACUUCAGAAGGACGGGGCUCUUCAAACCACCCACCUCUGCACCCUGACGACUUUGCUGUAUUCCAGCAUCCAGCCAUAUUUAAAAGUGUCCUCCGACAUUUGCCUUCACAACUGCUGUUGUGUGAUUUUAGGGGAAAAAUACUGAAGGAUAAACAAAUGCAGUACAAAUGUAUUUGGACUUGUUGAAUUUGAUGCACAAUCAGGGAUGUUUUAGUUUUAGCAUUGCUUGUUCUUUAAGGCAGUGAAGAUUCCUCAUGUGCACUACUUCCUGUCAUGACGCAGUAGUCCUUCCCCUUCAUGCUCUGGACUUUUCUUUGGAACUGCAUGUCCUAAUCUUCAAAUCCGGAUGUGUUUUAUCAAUAAAAAUGCAUAUUGGUUGCAUUUGGAACCCCAAUAAAUCAUAUUUUAAAAGUACAACAACAAUAUCAACUUCUUUCUCUUUGGGUUUUUUCCUUCAGGGGUCGCCACAGCAAAUCAAUCUCCUCCAUCCAAGCCUGUCUUCUGCAUUUGUCUCUCUCUCACCAACUACCCUCAUGUCCUCCUUCACUACAUCCAUAAACCUCCUCUUUGGUCUUCCUCUACGCCUCCUACCUGGCAGCUCUAAACGCGGCAUCCUUCUACCAAUAUAUUCACUAUCUCUCCUCUGGAUAGGAGCAGAAACCAUGAUCCAUGGAUCACGGUUUCUGCUCCUGAGUCUGAGAGUGAAGGGUGGAGACUUGCUGCAAAUCUGCUGCAAAAUGUCAGUUGCUGUCAACCUGUGUGUCUACAGGGCUUGUGUAUUGGCUAUGUGCUCAUCUUGAGGUCGAUGGUAUCAUCACAGCCACAGCAUGUGUACCUCCUGUGGACAAACUGACUCAAUUCACAGUUUACUGUCUACGC